CGCGAGCUCCGCGGCCCGGGCCAGGCGGUUCCCCGCGGGGGGCAGGGGCGGGACUCCCGGCCGUGGAGCCCCGGACGAGGCCCGCCUGACGCCUGACCAGUUGCCAUGGCAUCCUACUACGAGAUUCUCGACGUGCCGCGGAGUGCGUCGGCUGAUGACAUCAAGAAGGCCCCACCCUCUGUGCUCACUUCCUGCAGGUACCGAAAAAAGGCUCUGCAGUGGCACCCCGACAAGAACCCAGAUAACAAGGAGUUUGCUGAGAAGAAAUUUAAGGAAGUGGCAGAGGCCUAUGAAGUACUGUCUGACAAGCACAAGCGGGAGAUCUAUGACCGCUAUGGCCGGGAAGGGCUGACUGGAGCAGGAACUGGUCCCUCUCGGGCUGAAAGCGGAGGCGUGGGGCCUGGCUUCACCUUCUCGUUCCGCAGCCCUGAGGAAGUCUUCCGGGAGUUCUUCGGGAGUGGAGAUCCCUUUGCAGAGCUGUUUGAAGAAUUGGGCCCCUUCUCAGAGCUUCAGAACCGGAGCUCCCGACACACAGGUCCCUUCUUUUCCUUCUCUUCCUCCUUCCCUGGGCAUUCUGAUUUCUCCUCAUCUUUCUCCUUCAGCCCUGGGGCUGGUGCUUUUCGCUCUGUCUCUACAUCUACCACUUUCGUCCAAGGACGCCGCAUCACAACACGCAGAAUCAUGGAGAAUGGACAGGAGCGGGUGGAAGUGGAGGAGGACGGGCAGCUGAAGUCAGUCUCAAUCAAUGGGGUCCCGGACGACCUGGCAUUGGGCUUGGAGUUGAGCCGUCGUGAACAGCAGCCUCCAGUCCCCUCCAGGUUGGGGGGCACACAGGCCCGGCAGGCCCCCAUCCCCCGUCGCUCUGAUAGUGACCUCUCCGACGAUGAAGACCUGCAGCUCGCCAUGGCCUACAGCCUGUCCGAGAUGGAAGCAGCUGGGCAGAAGCCAGCAGGUGGGCGCGAGGCACAGCAACGAAGGCAGGGGCGGCCCAAGGCCCAGCACCAAGAUCCUGACGUGGGGGGCACCCAUAAGGGAGCACGAAGCGAGGCAGCCACAUCCAGCCCAACCACAGAGGAGAAGGCCUCUCGCUGCCUCAUCCUUUGAACACCAGGCCCAGCCUGACCUGAUUCAGCCUGGGGUCUGGCUCACUGUCAUCAAUUCAGGGUGGAGUGUGGCCCAGGUUCCUGGAGCCUGAGCUCUCUAUCCCUCCAUAAGUUUUCCUCCUGGGCUUACCCCUGUCCAGUGUAAACCUGGGGCUUGCUGAGCUCAGCCUGGAGCUGAUAGGUCCCUGGGUGAAGACCUGGGUGGGUGGUGUCUGGGCAGUGGAAGGGCCUGAGGAGCCUGGAGGCAUGGGGCAUUGCUGAGGGGUAUUAGUGGUUUGGGUGGGCCUUUUGUGCCCAUUUUCUGUGCCACCUGUGUUGCUGAUGCUGUCAAGGAAGGAGAACCUGGUCUGGGGUGCUCUGAGCCCAAGUUGGCAGCUCCCCUUGGGGAGCAGUGCAGGCUGAGUGGAGUCUCCGCUCUCCUUGUCCAGCUGCAGACCUCUGGUUUCUGUGCAGAGCUGAGCUUUCACCAUCUCUGUGCUUCCCUUCUGGUACUGCCCUCCUUCCUCCUGCUCUGCUCUCUGCGCCUCCUUGCGGGCCACAUCGUUUGCUUUCAUGGCUGCCUGCCUUUCCUUCCCCGAGAAGCCCCAGUGUGCCCUGGAAGAUGCCAUGAGAUGUGUUCUGAGCUGGAUGUCCUGGAUCCAGAGUUGCUGCAGCUCCAGCAGGACAGCGCCCUCCCCCCAUGUGCUGGGUGGGAAUACACCACUCCUCUUCCUCACCAUGCUGAGUGUAGAGCGGGGGCCUGGGUGGUGGGUGGAGGCAUCAGUAGUCUAAGCCUCUGGACGGUCUUCCCUGGGUGAUUGUUGCCGUCUCUUGGGGACUACAAGUCCCAGACUGCAAGCCGUCAUGGCCUCAUUUCUGAUAGAUCUUGCCCCGGGGGAAGUGGCGCUUGGUUACAAAACUGUGCUUCUUGGGAUCUGUAGUUCCAACCUAGGCCGCCCAUCACUGUGGAUAGGGAGAUCUUGUCUUUUUCAUGACUUAUCCCUGGUAGGGGUGCUGAGAAUUGUGGAUGAAGGGGAGUAAGACCAGAGCCUCGGUUCCCCCGACACCUCUUGUCAGUCCCAGAUUGUAGCAGGUCACCAGAGUCCUAACAGGUCGUUUCCCUGGGGGCCGCCUGGGUUCUGACAAGCCAGUGGAGCAGUGGAUUGAGUAGGCUGACCCAAGUCCCAGAAGGCUGAUGGCUGUGUGCUGGCAGAACUUGGGAGGGAGGGCUGCCCUGGCUGGAGUGUGUGUGGCUGGGAUUGGCACGUGAUGGCAGUGCCAGGCAUGCUGCUGCACGAAUGGCUUUCUUUGGCCUCUGACCCUGCUGCCCAUGCUUUCUCACUGUCAUCCUCGAGCUGCCUCCUUCUCCCUGCCUGGGGAGCCCAAGGCCAGGGAGGGCACUGGUGUAGCAGGCUGCUGCCAGCCCCUGUAACGUUGAGCCUCAGAGACCCAUCAAAGCCAGCUGAGCCGAGCCCAGAUAAGAGGGAAACUGGAAGUCAAUAAAGCUGUUGUGAGA